AUGGACUUCAGCACUGGCCUAGGUCUAUCAUUUGGCACAGGUGAUAUGGAAUUUGAGAAUCGAGACUUCAAUGAUGAAGAAUCAGGAGGACUGUCAGGCAAUGAUAACCAAGACCAAAAAAUGGAAGACGAUGGAGGAUCUUCUGGGGAUCAAGCGUCUUCUCAAUCUCAAGUUGCUGACCCGGACGCGACUCCCCGACCAAACUCAACUAACCAAUUCACCCCCAUCAAUAGAGCUUCAACUAGUGUACCAGUACAGUCUUUCAGUCAACCCUAUCGAAAUAGUCAGCCAGAUGCCCCCUUUCAUCUACUCAGAGAUAAUACAGAAUUUCACGGUCAGAUGAAUGCCAGUUUUGGAUCACAGUCAGAUAAAUUCAAUCCAAAAAUCUCUGCACAUGGAGGUUAUACAAACAACAUUUCUCAAGGAAUUCCUCAAACUUUACAAUUUAGUGCAGAUCCUCAAUUCAAUAAUCAUCCUCAAUCAGGAUUCCAGAAUAUGUCCACUCAACAUGGAAUGGAUAAUGGUUUGAAAAACUCAGCUAUGCUGUCACCAAAUAUCAAGAGAGAGUCUAGCAACAUGCAACAAAUAUCUGGCUAUCCGCAGUUGAACAACAAUCAGAAUUUUGGUGGUCGUGGAAUGAAUCAGAAUGAGCGCAACCAACGAACUCCCCGGAUGAAUGAUAGCUUUCGACCUCAUAUUAGCUUUUCAAUGAGCAAUCAAUUUCAACCAAUGUUCAACAAUGAAAAUGAGAUACAUGGCAAUCAACUUGGCAGUUCUUCUUUUGGAACACCAGGAGACAUGCAUCAAAUGCAAAACAAUCCCCAAUCGCUAGGAAGCUCUCACGUCAAGAAUAAACAAGCACUUCAACCAAACAACCUCUUCCAACCCUCCAACUCAAUGAACAAUAAUGAGAUGAUGAAUACCAACGUCAUCCAGCCUAAACCAGCAAGUCUCUCGGAUUAUACACCUAGUGAGCAAAAGUUCAUAGUUAAAUACAUGAAAGAACAAGGAUUGCCAGUCAAUAGUGCUGCAGAUGUGGAAUCAUUUAUGGACCAUGUCAAUCUGGUCACGGCAAAAUACAAUGCAAGAAAAGCUCAGAUGCAGCCGGAGCCCCAAUCAACUGGAUCCUCUCGAGUUUCUUCAACUUCUACUGUUAUUCAUCAUUCUAUGAAUGAGGAUGGGGCUACAAAUCAGGGAAUGGGACAGGGACAAGCUUGGGCAAAUCAAUUUGGCCAAAGACGUACUGGCAAUCCAUUUCAGCCACAAGCAUCAACUUCAGGUGCUCAGAUGAAUGGUUACAACCUACAAUCUGAAUUUCCACCAGUACCUCCUCACCUCAUUCUCCGAUCGAAUAACGAUCUGAGUAACCCUAUAUUUGGAGAUCAUCCAAAGGACUACGCUCAGGUGAGCUCGAAUACAACUGCACAAUCAGCUUCAAGACUAUUCGCACCUUUAGGUUCAACAGCACUUCAUACUCCACUUGCCCAACAAAACAAUGCUGUUCAAAACCAGCAGGGACAAUCUCAACUCAACAACACCAAUAAUCAACAUCUAUCUCGUCCAACAAAUAGAAAUCACUUCUCCCCAAACGGUGGUGGGAUGCUCAUGGGAGGCUCAUCGCAGUUUCAUCACCAUGGUCUACCUUCUGAGUACAUAUCCCCUUCUGGUUCUUACUUCGAUAAUUUUGCUGACAGUGGUGUCGAAUCAGCCGAUCGGAUUGAAGGGGGUGAGGAGGAUGAACAGCAAGAGGAGGUAUCGGGUUCUGGAUUGCAGGCUGGAGAACAGGAUUAUGAAGAUCGAGAGGAACAGCAGUACGAUGAUCGAGAGGACCGAGAUCAACAAGGGCAGAAAGAGGAGCGAGAAGACGAAGACGAGCAAGAACAAGAGGAACGAGGGGAACAAGGGCAGCAAGAAGAACAAGAACAAGAGCAAGAAAUCGAAGUCGAUUCAGAUGGUUGGUCAAUUCAUUCCGACGAGGUCCUUUCGCCACCACCUGAUAUCAAUCCAAUCCCACGUCCAAUUGGCAUGGCACCCUCACCCAUACCUCGAUUCCCUAGCAAUGAGAUAAACCCGAACAAUGCACCCAACAAACCACCACCAAUCAUCGGUAGCGGCAAUCGCGUUUGGAGUAUUGCCCCGGGUGCGUUUAAUGCAGCGGGAAAUAUCACGGAUUGGGAUAAAGCGAAGAGAAGAGAGGUAAGUGAUGAAUUUGUGUGUGAGUGUAGGGGAUCGUUUCAUAAGGAAGGAAAGGGUUAUUAUAUGGCGGAGGAUAGGUCGUUUAUUUGGUGUGAUGCGGGAGAAAAUAUCAAUGAUAAUGGGGAUGAGGGUGAUGAUGAUGGGAGUGAGGAGGAAAGUGAAGGAAGUGAGAAUGGAGAGGAUAGUGAGGAAGAGGAAAAAUUGAGAGGGGUACCGAAAUGGGUUAAGCAGGUAUUGACACAUGGACCGAGGAUUGAUAAGGAUGAGGUGAGGAGGGAGGAAGAGACUUAUAGGGAGAUGAUGGCACGAAAGGUUAAGGAAAUACUUGCUAGGAAGGCGGCGAAGGAAAGAGGAGAGGAAUUACCAGAGGGUUCUGUUAAUGAUGGAAAUUUUGAGCCGAUGGAUUUUGAUUCUUGGGUGGAUGAUGGAACAAUUAGCGAUGGAAAUGAAGGAGAUCAGUUGGAACCGAAUGCAGAAGGCAAAGGAAAACGAAAAGUAAGACCAAUAGAUUCAGAUGAUGAUUUGGAGGGAGAAUCACCAGCCAAAAAGUGGAAAGGUAAAGGUAAAGCUACGGAAUCGGAUGGAGAAUUGGAUGAGAGAGAAUUGGUGAGGAAAUAUAAGAGUAAAGGAAAAGGCAAAGUCCUCGAGCCACCGGAGGGCAUGGACGUUGAUGAUAUUCUAUUUGGAGAGUCUGCAGAAACAGCACGCUUGGCGGAGGAAUUAGGUCUUGAACCACAAGAUAAUGUCGAGGAAAUGGACGAUGAUAAUGCGAUCUUUCAAGACGAUGUCAAAAAAACCACACAGGAGUCCAAUAACCUUCAAUUCGAAAACGAACCUGCGAUUCCGGAUCCCGAACUCGCAGCUACUGGCAUCAUCUUACCAGCUUCCUUCUAUCUUCCUUCCAACUCCAAAUUCGAAGAAGAAAUCGAAGAAAUCCCUAAACCAGCACCAUAUCUAUCCAGAAGAAACGAAGGACCCUUCAAUAUCUUCCAAUCUCUCCUCCUAACCCCCGAAAUCAUACUCGACCUCAUGCGUCAUCUCUCUCCCAAACAGCUUCUCGCCCUGUACUGUCUAAGUCGACGCUUCAAUGAAAUUCUCUCGGGCUGGAUGGCACACUCUAUCAAAACCAUUGUCAAAUACCAAGCACCAUUCAGCUAUAAAACGUACCCCUUCUUCCUCUACCGCGAACUCAGCAUCCCAGAUCCACUGGGCCAUCUCAACAACUCCGGCCAAAUCCGUCGCGUCCCCGCCCUCAAAUACCAUCAAAUGGUUCUCCACCGCGUGCGCGUCGUACGGGACAUCCUCGCCGCACUCGCCCGACAACAUCUACGCUGUCCCCCAGGCACCAACAAAUCCCUCAAAAAAGUCUGGUUCCUAAUGGAUAUCUCCACCACACUCGACCGCGUCCGUUUAAUACAUAAUCGCGAAUUCUUCACCGAUCAAGAUCUCUACAACAUUCAACACUUUAUCGUCAAACUCGACAUGCGAUUUAAUGAUCCGACCGACGGACCCGGUUCCGACAUGUUGCGCAAAUUAAUGCUAGGACAACGGGGUCUUUCACCUCUUUGGCGUCUGUUAACGCGCACGGGGUUUAGGGAUCUGUAUGAAUUAUAUGCGUACAGUGUGCGGUAUAGCUAUAAUCCAUUUAUACAACCUGAAGAUCUGCAGGAGGGAAUGUUUGGAGUGCCAGCGGAGGAAAUAGGACGUGCGCAUCUGGAAGGCUGGGGAAAGGGAUCAAUGCAUUUAAUGCGAAUUGAUGAGCUAGUGAUGCGUGAGGCGACGAGGAGGGAAUUGGGCUUGAAGGAACAUGUUAUUAUGAUGUUUUUGUGGGGGUAUGUGGAUCCGUUGACGGGGGAGAAUUUGAGUCCGUGUAGUGAGGAAUUGUAUAUGAGUGAUGGGGAGGGGGAGGAGGUGGAGAUGGAGGAUACGUGGGAGGGGACGGGGAUGAAUAUGGCGAGGUUGGAGAGCUUGGUUUUGGGGAGGGAGGAGAGUAGUGAGGAUGAUGGGGGUGAAGAGAGUGAGGAUGAUGAUGAUGAUUGGGAAGACGAAGAUGAAGAUGAAUUUGAAAAUAACGAAUUCGAAGAUCCUGGAUUUCAGGAAAGACAACAGCUCUGGUCGUAG